ACUAUCCCUCGUGGGGAAGCCUUCCUGCCAGCUACCUUAUCUCUCCACUUCUUCUAUAAGCGGACAUGGCGCCGGACGGUCUCAACACUGCGAAAAAUAAUUAGGUGCUCAGACUGCAAACCUACUUCCUGCCGUGGCCUGAAAGAAGCAUUGGAAAGUGGAGGAAGAGAGAAGGCUAUGGCGAUUUCCCUGGCUCCAAUUGCUUCUCUGUCACUGCUUGCAGGAAACAAGUUUAGUGUAGAUAAAAGAAGCCCACUUGCUCUCUCAAUGAUCUCCGGUCGAACAUCGUUUCUUCUCCGCACCUCUUUUCUGGGGUUUCCACCAGCUCCAUUCUCUUUUCCCUCGUCCUCCUUCUCGGGUUUGUCAUUAGGACUAAAUCUUCUUCCCAAUAGAAUUUCAAAGCAGAACAGACGUCAAGGUCUCGUCGUAAGAGCUGGGAAAGCUGCCCUCUGCAUGACAAAGAGAUCAAGAUCUCGGAAAUCGCUGGCUCGCACUCAUGGAUUCCGCAGAAGAAUGAGGACAACUGGUGGGAGAGCCGUGCUUCAGCGCCGGCGAGCCAAGGGAAGGAGAAUUCUAUGCACAAAAUCAAACCCAAAUAGUGGAAAACGAGCAUCAAGAUGAGUCGUUUUUACCUUGUUCCUGCAGUCUCUGUAGGUGGUUUUGUGCCAGUAUUUUUGGUACAAUACUUUUGUUGUUCCUGCUUUUUCUUUUAGUUAAUAUUAUUGUUGGGGAUAUUUGAGCGAAUGUAAUCGUAAAUGUCAUACAUUAAAUAUAUAAUGCAAGGCUUUAAACU